AUGGAUGUGCUCUUUUUGCUCCCAGCGAGUAGCAGGGUGCAGCAUAUGGCUGGAAGCGAGGAGGUCUGGAGAUAUUUCUGUCGCCAACGCUGGGGCCCAGCAACCAACUUGCAGCUGUUCCGAAGUGCCAAGGAUUGCCUCCGCGACUGCAACGGUUGGUAUCCAAAGGAUGUCAAGAAUGGCCGGUGUUUGCCGUCCUUCCAGCUUCGACGUCUUCAAGCUCCAGAUCCACCGGCUUUGGCCCUGGAUGUGCGGAUGAAUCACGAGGAUUUGGUGCUUGUGACGGAAGGCGCCGAGUCCAAACCUGCCAGGUUGAUGGUGUUGGACCCCAGGGAUGGUUCAACCAAAGACAACCUCCAGGUUUCAGAUUGCAACGUGAAUUGUUGUGACAUCAGUCCUGGUCUCAUUGGCAUUGGAGGUGAUGACUUGAAGGUGCAACUCUUCCGACGCCCUGGAUCCAUGACAUAUGGCAGUUCGAGCUCCAGCAAUUUGACGCAUUGCGGGCAAGGAAGCGACAGCGGGGGAUAUAUCUUCUGCGAGAGCUUCCAGUGUUCGGAUCCAGUGAAUGAUCUUCGUCUGGUGAGGGAGGAUGCCGUGGUCGCACUGAAGACGGUGAAGAGCCGGCAGCCGGUAGGUCUGGAAGUGAUCCACUGGGACCGUCCAGACAUUCGCUCGUCCAUUGUGGGUGGCUCUGCAGAAUGUGGAGGCAAAUUCCUCCAUGCUCUGGAUUGCUUUGAUGGUUGCUGCUCACUGAGCAAUCUUGUUUGCACUGCAGAGCAUCCAGUGACAAGCUGCUUCUCUGCAAUGCUCUUUGAUCUUCGACGGUCCAUGCCGUGCGUGAUGGAUGUGCCAGUGACCGAGACAGAUUUGGGCACCUUGUUGUGGCCAUUACGCACUGGCCGUUUCCCUCAGGUCUAUGCGAAUCUGCUGCGGGAACAUGGAACUGGAACGGGCGAGAUCCGCAUGGUGGAUUUCAGAUAUCCAUCCUUGAAGCUGUCUGUGCAUUGCCGAUUGCCGAACCCAGUGGAGGAUUUCCGAUGUUUGGACGGCAGCAUCUAUGCGGUCUGUGCCGACAGAGAUGCUGAAGUAUCUCGCCUGCGACUUCACAGGUUCAAUCCUGAAGUUGGUAUGACCGAGUGCCUCUGCACAGUCGUGGAGGCACAUGAUGCUCGUGGUCGAACGUUUCGGGAGGACUUGAAGGUCUUUGCCAUGAGUCCCCAGGGCUUCGCCCUUGCAUAUGGUCAUGAGUUUACGCUUGGACAUGUUGCAAGACCACAGCGUUGGAUGGUGCAAUGA